AUGUUUUUAGAUAAUCUUCCUCAUCAUGCUUUAUAUAACUUAUGUAAAUAUUUGUGUUUAAUUGAUAUUAUAAACUUGUCAAGAACAUGCAAGCGAUUAUAUAUUUUAAUUGAAAAAGAUAAUUAUUUUUGGAUGAUAUUGAUUAAAAAUCAUUUUGGAUCUAAAUUGUAUCAACUUUAUGUUAAUGAAAUAUUUCAAAAUAAGAAAAAUUCAGAUUAUGUUUUAUAUCGUACAGAUAAAGAUAGAGAAAAAUUUGAAAAAUCUUUUCGAAACAAUUUACCAAGAUAUGUGUGCAAUAUUUGGUUAUUCAAUGUGUUAAAUUGCAAAGACAAUAGUGAUGGUUAUCUAACUUAUAAAAGUGUACUUAAACGGAAAUUCUAUCCACGUACUAAUGAAUUAAAAAUGUCUCUAACAAUCGAAGAAUUCUUUGAACAUUAUUUCAAUAAAAAUAAAAAAUUAACUAAAGAAAAUAUUUUUCAAAUAUCAUUAUGUAAAUUAAUUUAUUUUUAUCUAAUUGAACCGAAACGUUUAUUAGGUGUUGAUAUGUGUGGGAUAUAUCUACGUUGUUCAAAAUAUCAUUUACAUUGUUUCAACUCAAUAUGUUCAAAAAAUCACGAAUAUGAUUUAAAUAGUUUAACAGGUCAAUGUGUUCGUUUAUAUUCUGAUGAAUUACUUUAUCAAUCUGGUAUAAAAGGUAAAUUUAAAUCAAUAUUACCUGGAAUUUAUGACAUUAUAUGUCGUAUUAAAUUAGACAAGAAUGAUAAAUAUUUACCAUACUACAAUGAAUGUUGUAGUCAAGAUCCUAGUGUGGAAAAAUGUGUAGAAUGUUAUUUUUAUGCAUUGGCUGAUUAUGGUCUUGAUUGCGAAUGUGAUGGAAAAAUGGAUUUCGAUUGGUUCGAAUCAAAAUAUUUAUUACAUAGUAAUGUUGAUUGGUUUAAUGAAACAAUGGGUAGAAUAAAAGUAUUCGAAUUAUCGGAUAUUUAUUUUGGAUUUCAUAUUAGAUAUGAAUUUCGUUAUCGUAAUAUUUUAUUUGAUUAUAUACAAUUGAAUAUCGUUAAAUAA